GGUUGUCCGAGGGUAAGCUGCGUGACUGUAACAGUGUCGUGGACUGUAUGCCGUUUUUAUCACAUGGUAAAGAGUGCAUCCUUUUCAAAACCCACUUGGUUUAGCGUUCACUUCAUCGUCCCAUUCUACUGAGGCUGAGGAGGGAGCGAGUGUGAGGUUGGACGUCAUCCUCCGGACGUUUUAAUCACUUGUGACACUUCUUAGAAGGGCGUUUUUCCUCAGAGUGAAGCUGCUCCUCCUGUGCUGUGAAGUGACCAUUCUCAAGUGCCUUGAUGCUAAUUAUCAUGUGAGGAACUCCAAGUCGGCCAAUCCUGAUGCUGCGGAAUGUUACCGCGUAGUCAUAGCGAUGAACGGGAUGGAGGCAAUGGCGCUGGCAUCUCCCACUCCAAAAGAAAAGAACUGGGCAAGAAGAGAACCCAGAGCCUCAAGGUCUGUCAUGGCCUAUGCAAGAAGAUCCAGAAAGUUUUGCAGGGUCCAGCAGAGCUUGACGCGUAUAACCUUCAUACGCAUACCUCUGCAGAAGUGGAAGACGACAUGUUCAUCUAUGGAAAAAGCCGGGAACCUUCUAGCAAUGAGUCUGUUGUGACCUUGAAUAAAAGUCCUUUUAAAUCAAGCAGUAAAUACCUGAUAGGCGAGGUUGAGUUAAACAGUGAAAAUACCAUUAAGAGCCCAUGUUCAACACCAACGAACAGCCCUGCCUCAGACUAUAAAGUAUUAACUAGCACAGAUUUUAUGGCCAAGAGAAUAAACAUGGAAGCUCCACAAACACCUGGGAAAGUAGAGGCAGAAGAUGCAGGAAGAAGCAAGGAAAGACGUUCCAGCACUAUAGUAGAACAUAUUUUGAAAGAGCUUCAGGGAAUUAAUAAAAUCCAGGAGGAGAUCUCAGACUUGAGGCAGUACCUAAACUCAGUGAGCGGCUCCGUUGAUGAGGUGUCUUUCUGCGUGGAUUCUGUGCUCAUGGAAAUCGAGGGGCUCUAUUCGGCAUGCUCAACCAGUCAGCCCUCACCUCAAAGGCUAACGGUUCAUCAAAGGAGCAAUCUGAAUGAUGUCGCAGCUAGCCCAAGACACAGAAGUCCACUAUUAAAGAGGCCUGAAAAUAAUGAAACUCCUUUUAGUGAUGUAGCAAGAAAGUCCAGAGAAGAUCCUGCUGUGGUUUCCGACAACUCCAAGAACUCUCCUGGCAGAGACAAUGCUUCCAAUUAUGCCGAACAAGAUCGGGUUUAUGGACAGGAUUUUCCAAGUUCUAGCUCUUUGUCAGACCAUAGCUUUAAAAGUAUAGAGCAUAAUGACCGUUAUCAUUCAGUGGAGUCGGAUCUACAAAGGGCAGGCUGGGAUACCUCAGGCAUACGUUUAAGUCACAGCGGAGAAGGAGGAUGGAGUGAGGAGGAUUGCUGCUCUUGUCAGAAUAGCACUGAUGAUUUAAAAGACCAUAGAGAACCCAAUUCCUGGUGUAGGUAUCAUGGUGAAGCAACUCCAGGCCAUUCUUCCCAAAGCAGCUCUGAGCACCUUUCAUUGCUGUUUGGACACCAGUACAGCUCAUUGUCCAGUUUGUCCAGCGUUGCAGACUGGAGACAACCCAGGAGACAUACAGGCCUCGAUACUGAAUGCGAUUGCACGUUGAAUUGCCCCUAUUCUCGUAGUUCAGGUUACCACACUAUGGAUGCAUAUGUCGACGACCUGUGCAGUGGCCCGUCCAGGAGCAUUAGCUGUUCCACUAUGGUGCUGACCGAUUAUGAUGAUGUUUGCCCAGAUUUAAACUCGUCUUGUGAAAAUUCUUUUGUGUAUUCUGGAGAAAGCAUAGAGAGAGGCUGGUCCAAGAAGGCUAACCCAAGCAUGUCUGAAGAUCAUCAAACAUCAGACAUCAGUCAUCCAAAUAUUGUGAGUGAUGUAUUAAAGGUGAACCAAGCCAUGCUGACCUUUCAGUCGGCACUUCAUGGAGCUAUGAGAAUGCUUGAAGGAUCUGUUCCAAAUGAACUUUUUCUGGAGGAUGAUUCCACUGUAGAGGGAUCUGAUUUGGAUCAGGGAACACUGUCUAGCAAUGAGACCUUAGAUCAAAGCUUGGUCAAGGGACGAUUUCAUGAAAAAUUCAACUCGCGUGACCUACAAAUGGACCAAACAAAUGACCCGCAAAUCCUUGAUUCUCAGGAAUCGACAUCUGGCACAGUGUCCCCUUCUUGUGAGACUGAAUACUUUUCAAUCGACCGUUCAUCCAGUGAAGAGGAACCUUUAAUAGGUCCAGAGCUUUCAUGUGAUCCUGGUUCUUUUGAAUUCAUCCCAGAGACAGGGUCAGUCGAAGGAUGUCAUGGGAAGUCAGGGCAUAAAGAAAUGACCCAUCUUGACCUUAAGGGCACUGAGCCAGAAUCUCUGGGGACAGUCCAUGAAGCAGAAGCUGAGUUUAAUAAGGGAGAGGCUCAGGUAAACUCAGGCAAUGAGAACCCUGAUCAUUUUGACCCUCACCACCAGAAGUGCCUUGCCAAUAUCCAACGUGUUCUCAAAGAGCAAAGACAAAAACAUAGGUUGUUUCGGAAUUCUAUGGAGUCGAAGCAUGUUUUUUCAGAAGAAGAAUUCAAUCCAGAGGAAAUCCAAGCGGUUAAUCAGGGUCAGGAGAAUGGUGGCAAUUCCAGACAUGACUGGGUCAAAGCAGGAAGUGGGAGUGGCCUGUUUGGGAUUGACAGCAUGCCAGACUUGCGGAAGAGGAAACCAAUCCCUCUCGUCAGUGACGUGGCUAUGGCGCUGGUUCAAGCCAGAAAAGCUGGUAUUGUAUCUGCUAUGGCUUCCCGUGCUUCCGUUAAAGACGAGGAGCUGAAGAACCAUGUGUAUAAGAAAACUCUGCAGGCUCUGAUCUACCCGAUCUCCUGCACGACGCCACAUAAGUUCGAGAUCUGGACAGCGACGACUCCGACGUACUGCUAUGAGUGCGAAGGGCUGCUGUGGGGUAUCGCACGCCAGGGCAUGAGAUGUACCGAGUGUGGGGUCAAAUGUCACGAAAAGUGUCAGGAGCUCCUCAACGCAGACUGCCUGCAGCGCGCGGCCGAGAAAAGCUCGAAACACGGUGCCGAAGAUCGCACGCAGAACAUCAUCAUGGCCAUGAAGGACCGCAUGAAGAUCAGGGAGAGGAACAAACCUGAGAUCUUCGAGCUUAUCAGGGACGUGUUCAUGAUCAGCAAAACGGUUCACGCACAGCAGAUGAAGACCAUCAAGCAGAGCGUUCUGGACGGGACCUCCAAGUGGUCGGCCAAGAUCAACAUUACCGUAAAGUGUGCUCAGGGCUUGCAGGCCAAAGAUAAGACGGGCUCGAGCGACCCUUACGUGACUGUCCAAGUGGGAAAGACGAAGAAGCGAACUAAGACCAUCUACGGCAACUUGAACCCCGUGUGGGAGGAGAAAUUUCACUUUGAGUGCCACAACUCGUCAGACCGCAUUAAGGUGCGCGUGUGGGACGAAGACGACGACAUCAAGUCCCGUGUGAAACAGAGGCUUAAGAGAGAGUCGGACGAUUUCCUGGGACAGAGCAUCAUCGAGGUGCGGACACUCAGCGGCGAGAUGGACGUCUGGUACAACCUGGAAAAAAGGACUGAUAAAUCCGCGGUGUCCGGCGCAAUCCGUCUUCAUAUCAGCGUGGAAAUUAAAGGAGAAGAGAAAGUAGCUCCAUACCAUGUGCAGUACACCUGUCUCCAUGAGAACCUGUUCCAUCACACCACAGACGUGCUCGGUCAGGGAGCAGUGAGGAUCCCGGACGCCCGUGGCGAUGACGCCUGGAAGGUCUAUUUUGACGACGUGGCGCAGGAAAUAGUGGACGAGUUUGCGAUGCGUUACGGGAUCGAGUCCAUCUACCAGGCCAUGACGCACUUUGCAUGUCUCUCAUCUAAAUACAUGUGUCCCGGCGUCCCUGCUAUGAUGAGCACCCUGCUGGCCAACAUUAAUGCCUUCUAUGCUCACACCACCGCUUCCACCAACGUCUCUGCCUCUGACCGCUUCUCCGCCUCCAACUUCGGGAAAGAAAGGUUUGUCAAGCUCUUGGACCAGCUGCAUAACUCCUUACGCAUCGAUCUCUCCAUGUACCGCAACAACUUCCCCGCUAGCAGUAAGGAGCGUCUGCAAGACCUGAAGUCCACUGUGGAUCUUCUUACCAGCAUCACGUUCUUCAGGAUGAAGGUACAGGAACUGCAGAGCCCUCCAAGAGCCAGCCAGGUGGUCCGAGACUGUGUGAAAGCCUGCCUCAACUCCACCUAUGACUACAUCUUCAACAACUGCCAAGAGCUCUAUAGCCGCCAGUACCAGCCUGUAGGAGAACCGAAUAAAGAUGAAUAUCCUUUAGAAGAGCAGGGUCCAAGCAUCAAGAAUUUGGACUUCUGGCCCAAGCUGAUCACUCUGAUCGUUUCCAUUAUAGAGGAAGAUCGCAACUCGUACACGCCUGUUCUCAACCAGUUUCCUCAGGAGCUCAACGUAGGGAAGGUGUGUGCCGAGGUAAUGUGGGUUCAGUUCUCCCAGGAUAUGAAGUACGCCAUGGAGGAGCACGAGAAAAACCGUCUGUGCAAAAGUGCUGACUACAUGAACCUGCACUUUAAGGUGAAGUGGCUCUGUAAUGAGUAUGUAAAGGAUCUGCCUGCCUUCAAAGGAGUCGUUCCCGAAUAUCCCAUGUGGUUCAUGCAGUUCGUGCUGCAGUGGUUGGACGAGAACGAAGACGUGUCCAUGGAGUUCAUGCACGGCGCCCUCGAGAGGGACAAAAAGGACGGACUCCAGCAGACGUCUGAGCACGCUCUGUUCUCCUGCUCAGUGGUGGACGUGUUCACGCAGCUCAACCAGAGCUUUGAGAUUAUUAAGAAGCUGGAGUGCCCUGACCCCAAAGUCAUGGCCCUGUAUAGUCGCCGCUUCGCCAGGACUAUUGCCAAGGUCCUGCUGCAGUACAGUGCCAUUUUGAAGAAGAGUUUCCCGUCCUACUGUGACAAGGAGAAGAUCCCCUGCGUCCUGAUGAACAACGUGCAGCAGCUGCGAGUUCAGCUCGAGAAGAUGUUUGAGUCGAUGGGGGCCAAACAGGUCGAAACCGACAGUACAAAGAUGGACACAGAAGCCAGCGACACCCUCAAUGAGCUGCAGGUGAAGCUGAACAAUGUGCUGGAUGAAUUGAGCUCCACGUUUUCAAACACAUUCCAGAGUCGAAUUGAUGAGUGCACACGGCAGAUGGCGAGUCUGUUGUACCAGAUUAAAGGACCAGUAAACACCAACAGCCGAAACCAAGUGGAGGGCGAUUCGGACAACAUGCUCCGCCCUCUCAUGGAUUUCCUGGAUGGAAAUCUGAUGCUCUUUGCAUCCGUGUGUGAGAAGACCGUUCUGAAGCGGGUUCUGAAGGAGUUGUGGAGGAUCGUGAUGAACAGUCUGGAGAAGACUAUCGUCCUCCCUCAAGGCAACGACAGCUUCGGCAACAUAUUUUCUGCUGCCAAAGAUCUCGGCCAGUUCUCCAAACUCAAGGAUCACAUGUCUGGGGAAGCCAAAAGCCUCACACCUAAGCAGUGUGCGGUCAUGGACGUGGCUCUGGACACCAUAAAGCAAUACUUUCAUGCAGGAGGAAACGGGUUAAAAAAGGCCUUCCUGGAGAAGAGCGCCGAGCUUUUGUCACUCCGUCACGCCCUCUCCCUUUAUACACAGACCACCGAUACGCUCAUCAAGACCUUCGUCACAACACAGCACGCUCAGGUCCAUGAUGGGAAAGGGAUAAGGAUUACGUCUAGCGAGAAAGUCCAGCCAUCCAAGGGCUCAGGUGUGGAUAAGCCAGUGGGAGAGGUGUCCAUUCAGAUCGAUCUGUUCACUCAUCCAGGCACAGGAGAGCACAAGGUCACAGUUAAAGUGGUAGCGGCGAAUGACCUGAGGUGGCAGACGUCCGGAAUGUUCCGUCCCUUUGUGGAGGUGACGAUGAUCGGGCCGCACCUCAGCGACAAGAAACGCAAAUUUACCACCAAAUCCAAGAACAACAGCUGGGCACCCAAAUUUAACGAGAUUUUCCACUUUAUCCUGGGCAACGAGGACGGACCGGAGUGUUACGAGCUGCAGGUGUGUGUGAAGGACUACUGUUUCGGCCGAGCAGAUCGCAUCGUGGGCAUUGCAGUCAUCCAGCUGCAGGACGUAGCUCAGCGAGCGAGCUGCGCCCUCUGGUGUCCGUUGGGCUCGCAGGUGCACAUGGACGACACAGGGCUCACCGUGCUGCGUAUCCUUUCCCAGAGAUCGGGAGACGAAGUAGCCAGAGAGUUCGUCAAGCUGAAAUCGGAAACCCGCUCUGCCGAAGAGGGGAGAUGAGAACUUAACCUCGGAGAAGGGAUGAAGAAUAAAUGAGUGAUGACACGCUUUUUAUAAGUAUUGGAAGGAUCCACGGGUUAGGAGGUUCUCCUGUAUAGGUCCGGUUCCCUGUGUUAUUGAAGUGGAGGAAUUAAGGACACGUUUGCGAGAACCUCCUGCGUUCCUCAGAUGUUUUUUUUUUAAAAGCAAGCAGUUUUUUGAUCUCUUUAUCUAUCUUUCUCUUUGUGUCUCUCUGUGUGUCUCUACAACUUGUGAUAUAUCUCAGUCACUCUUUUACUUUUUUUAAAUGUUUUGGCCUACUGUAUAUGUGUAUAUAAGUGUGUGUGUGUGUGUGUGUGUGUGUAUGAGCCUCAAACAGUCCAAUACGCAGAGUUCCAAUUUCUAACGUGCACUUUUUCACUACCUGCUGUUUCACCAUGUCUGUAUAAAUGCCUUUUUUCGUCGAAUGUGUCAAAAUUUGAGGAAAAAUACAACCGUUGUUUUAAAUGAA